CACGUCACUGGAAAAAAGCUGAAAUUUUGAAUUGGAAUAUAAAUAAAGAAAUAUAGGUUUCCGUUCACGGAGGUUUUGUUUUUGUAUUCAUUUCAAACAAACCGGAUCAGAAACACAAUUUCUACUUAUGAGCUCCGACGACCGUGAAAGCCGCUCCGGCUCAGCGCCGUUUCCGCCGCCGGCUUCAGUCUCCAUGACGUCCCCAUUGGGCUCCAGUCGGCGCCGUCUUUCAAGUAGUUUCAUCCCCUCCACUGAGCCAGUUCGAGCCGAGCGGCAGCUCACUUGGGUUUCAACUCGGCUCGGAGAAUCCAGGUCGGCUAAACACAUAGAUAAUGGCGUGGCUUGGGAGCUGUUUGGCCCCAUUGUUCUUGUACACGCUGCUUCCGUUAGUUUGGAGAAAGAUAAGCUCAUUUCUGAACUUCAAGAAUCUGUUCAACUCAGGGAUCUGGUGCUCUCAGCCAUGCAAGAGGAGCUGGACAAUCUUUGUGAUCAGGUGGCUUAUUUUAAAGAUCAACCAGACACAUUGUGGGGCAUAUCAUCCGCCAUGAAUGCGGAUGAACCAUAUGAUGAUUCUCUCUGCGGGAAUAUCAGAACUGCUGGUUGUGGGUGUCGGUCUUGUAUUUUUCAUCACUUGUCAUCAAAUGAUUUGAUGGGUAAUACUGUCAUGGAAGAAUCCAACUCUGAGGACACAUAUAAGUGUCAGCUGCCUCCUAUGACAUCAGAGGAACGCCGUAUGUCUAAUAUAUCUGAUUGGGCUCCUAGUGUCGUUUCCUCUGUUGAUAUUCAGCUACAGUUAGACAGUGAGCAAGAUAUAUACAAUCUACGGAUGGAAUGUGAAGAAAAGGAUACCACCAUAAAGGAGCUGUCCGAAAAUCUCCACUCAUCCGAAGCUAUUAGUUCCAAGAGAAUCGCAGAAUUGGAAGGCAUCAUUCGUACGAAAAAAAGUGCAAUUACAAAGCUUAAGAAAGACAUGGCGGUUCUUGAACAGAAGGUGUCCUAUCUAACCCGGCUUCGUAGACCUUCUUCGUUGUCAAGCUCAAAAGCAGGUGUGAAGCAACUCCGGGGCAUAAAAGAUAACUUUUUAUAUGAUGUGGAUAGUGCAACUCGUGCAUUAUCUUCUGAUUCAGAUUGUCCCCCAAGGACCAGUUCUCAAGCACCUAAUGCCAAAAGUGAGGAGAUUAUAGUUCAAAAUUUUAAACACUCUUUAGUGGGAGAUCAGAAAACAAGACAUGCCAAAAGUUCAAACAAUGUAGACAAAUUGACCAAUCAAUACCAAACUUUUCUACAAGAAAGUCCUGUCGGAGAAAACUCGCCGAAUGAGAUAUUUGAUACAGAAUCCUUGCCAAGAUUGAGACUGCCGACCAGGUCCAAGGAUGCUAUCCUACAGAAGUGAUGGGAUGCUUAUUUCAGAUUAUUCUGGGAUCCAUGUCAAGUGCCUACUCAUUAACCAAAAAGAUUGAAUGCUUUGUGCCAGGUUAUAGUUGCAGAAUAUGUUGUCCAUAAAAGUUCUAAUGUAGAAGCCCAUAUAUGCUUAUCAAUAUGAAGCUGCUGGAGUUCUUCUGAAUUUGUUGCAAGUUGACUACGUUUAGGUACAAACUUUGUUUAGAUUCAUGUAACUUAUGUUAAAUUUGUAAUCAAUGUUCGUAAAAGGCUUACAGGGAACAAAGCAAUAAAUUGGAUCUAACAUGCUUUUCCUGAA